AAAGCAGAAAGCAAGGAACCAGGAACCCGUUUGAAGGGUAACCCGCCGACAUGUGUCUGUGAUGCGAUCUGCGAUCACGUGCAUUUGGGUUUAGUGUGGAGGUAAAGGGUGCGUAAAGCAGCAACCGCGCCCUGCCAAAUCCAGCAGCUCCGACCCCGAGAAGUGGCUUUAUCAUAUAAAUCUAAGGUCAUGAUUUAAUAUCCUAUUUCGGCUGGUUUCAUAUUUACGAUGGAGCUAACUUGACCAUGUUCGUCGGUUUUUUGCAGCGUAACUCAUAUUCCUGACUGCGUAUCAAACAUCGACCCUAAGAGCAAGCCGGAGGGGGGAGACUUGAAGACAAAUCAAAGCCAGUUCUCUAAAUGAUCCUCGUGGGCUCUAGAAUCCAUUUCUUAACCAAUAUAAAGAGCACACCGUAUAUCAAAACAAGUCUAUUCUUGCCAACGCCGCAUUAUCAUCCUCAUCAUCGCUAUCCACUUGUUUGGCAUCCGCAUCCACAAACGUUAGACGGUCACCGUAUGAAAUACAUAACUCAUCUCCUUUCCUCACAUCCUGUAGCGUCCUAUAAACCACAACGCUCUUGCUCACAUCGCGCAUCCAGCCAACAUUCUGCCGUCUUUGGGAAUGGUUAAAAAGGCUCCCAAUCCCAAAUACCACCGCCUGCGUCUUUCCCGGGGCUUUGGAGCCCUCAGCUGCCGGAAGUGGCCAGUUACUGUGUGAUAUGUCAGGGCAUGACGGGCCACUAAAACACGUGGAGGCGAGGCUUACUAUGUGUAAUUAUAAAGAUCUGUCUUCCUAACGUGCUCUUCGUUCUCCUGAGGGUCCAGUAUUAGAACUGGGCAGACUUCUAAAAUUGUAUCCCCUGGGAUGUCUUUGCCUGCGAAGACGCCUCGGCCUGUUUCUCUGUCAUUUUCACAGUGUGUGGAGUGGUGGGUGGGUGUGGGUACCUUUAGGGGUGUCUAGGACAAGUAAGAGGCCUUCUGUUCGUACGAGUUGCACUUCCCCUGCCUUCUCCUCUUGCUCUUCUUCUAUCGACAUCGUUGCGUUCGCAUCCAAUUUUAUAUUCUUGGGAGGUUGAUUUUCUUUCCAUCAUUGCCAAGAGCGGCCAUCCCUCCCUUCCUCAACCCAACCCCAUCUGAUAAGAUUAGAACUUAGGCGGUGAAUCACGGCAGAACCGCUGACGGCUCCCUCCGCUUACGACCAGGUUCCAAGUAGACCCAAUCCCCAGAAACCAAUGGCUUUUGACAGCUGAGACAGAACACCAUGGCGCACCAGCGCGCUCAGUCCGUGAGCACCGCCGAAGUGCCCAAGGAACCCCAUGCCGUCUCCCUCAAAGUCCUCCGUCUAACCCGACCCUCCCUCGCAAUCCAAUACCCCCUCCCCCACCCCUCCCCAACAUCCACCCUCGCCCAAACCAUCCCCCGCGCCGCCUCCCUCACCUACCCCUCCGCGCCCUCCUUCCCCUUCGCCCUCUCGCCCCUCCUCAUCCUCCCCCCCGCCUUCGGCAACGCCUACGUCGGCGAGACAUUCUCCUGCACCCUCUGCGCGAACAAUGAACUCCCAACCGACUCACCGCGCGUGCACUCCGUAAAAAUAGAAGCUGAGAUGAAAACACCCAGUCUCAAUACUUCCCUUCCCGUCUCCUUCGCCUCGGCGUCCAGCUCGUCCUCGCCGGACUCCGACCCGCUCUCUCAGUCUGCCCCGCCGCCUACCCAUCUCGCUCCCGCGGCAAGUCUACAAGGGAUAAUCACCUGUCACCUCCGCGAGGAGGGACCACACGUCCUCGCCGUUACGGUAUCUUACUCAGAGACUACAUCGACCUCCGGCCGCGUCCGCAGCUUCAGGAAGUUAUACCAGUUCGUGGCGCGCCCCGCAUUGGUAGUACGCACAAAGAUCGGGACUGUGGAUGGUGGCUGGGCGCUCGAGGCGCAGUUAGAGAAUGUGGGUGAGGAGGCUCUAGUGUUGGAAGGCGUGAGGCUUGAUACGAAGAGCUGGUUCCGCGCGAGGAGUUUGGAGUCCUUGUGGGAUGGGGAGAAGGGGGAGAAGGGGGAGAAGGGGGAGAAGGGGGAGAAGGGGGAGAAGGGGGAGAAGGGGGAGAAGGGGGAGAAGGGGGAGAAGGGGGAGAAGGGGGAGAAGGGGGAGAAAGAGGAGAAAGGGAAGGCGGUGGUGGGUCGGGGUGGGGUUCGGCAGGUUUGCUUUGUGGUGGAGAAGGUGGGAGAGCCGGAUGAGAUAGGGGAGGGGGGGAAGGUGUUUAUGGGCGUGUUGAAUAUUAGCUGGAGGGGACCGAUGGGGAAUAUGGGGGAGCUGUCGACGGGGUGGCUGGGGUUGAAGUUGAAGCAGUGA